CUUAAAGGCUUGGUUUUGGUGACAUAUUUCCAGACAAAAUGAUAAAGACCACAAACAGAGCAGUUUGGAAAAAUAUAGUUUAAUGUCGAUUUGAAAAUUGGCCCUAAGUUCUCAGUGUGUCACAUGUCUCAUCAUGUCUCAUUUAGUAAGGUAAACGGGUUUUAACUUCAGAAGCGAUUAUCCUCAGAAGUUAGCUACAACCUCCCUUUAGGCAUGUUCCUACAUGAUUCUUAUGUAAAGUAAAUAUAAUGCAUUUUAUUCCAAGUUUUCUUUUUAGGUGCAUGUUUCAUAUUAAUGCAGAAGUGUGACUAUUGAAUGUCCUAUUUGGACAGCGAUGUGAGUGCUGAAUGUAUUUGUAUGUGAGCGUGUGUGUCGUGUGUGUGUGUGUGAGCGUGAGCGCGCGCGGGUGUGAGUGUGAUCGCUGGGUGGAGCAGCAGUGUACGGCAGGUCUUGUCUCCUCUCUCGGUUGAGCGGCUCAUUGCGGCGGCUGGAGAUCCAUCGAGCGGCGGCGGAAUGUUGCUCCGGUGUCCGUGUGCGUGAAGAGCAGGUGAAGGAUGAUGAUGGAGGAAUCCGACAGCAUCCCCUGCACCGCGGAGGACGGACUCCUAUCGAGCUGGAGAUGGAACAGAACCGCUAGGGAUCAGGUCCAGAUCAAGCAGAAGAUCAGAGAUCUGCCUGGAUUAUUAAAACACGGACUGAACCUGCGCAAAAAAAGCCAGUCACCUGACACCAUCCCGGGACCAAGCACCGGCGUCACACCCAAACCCAAGACGUGUUCCCAGAGUUUUCCCUGCGCUGGACGAGCACUGAGAAAUGCGUUUCUGUCUCAUGGACCGUAUCCAGCAAAAGACAAGAUUCACCUCGCUCGGAUCAUCAGGAGGAGUUAUGUUGGAGUAGAGCUGGUCCAGUGGCUCCUGGAACAGUGUGUGUCAGUUCAGUGCCGGUUAAUGGCGUCCCGUGUCUGGCAGGUGCUUCUGGAGCUGGGAAUACUGCACUCAGUGGACCAGCGGCUGGUCUUUGAAGACUCAAACACGUACUAUCAGUUCUCGUUUGAGGAGUGUGACGCUCAGGGCUGUGAAUUUCGCAACGAGGAGGAAUGGCAGAACGGUGUUCGUCUUCUGCUGCAGCUCGUCCCCUACGUCCAGUUCAGGGUCGUGAGCCCACCCGAGGAAGACCCCGACAGAAAGCGCGAUAUCUGCAGUGAGAUACUCCAGAUGAAGGCUCUGGAGAGACUCACGUCUACGGUGCAGAAUGAACUCGCUGCUGCUCUCGCAAGAAAAGCCAAGAAAUCAAUGUCAGAAGACGAAAGCUCUGAGACAUCAGACAGUUCUCCACAAGAAGCACCAAAACCCACUGAAGACAAAAGCAAGGCGGGCGUCUGCGCUCUCCGAGCUCCAGAUGACUUCUCUCGGUUGGACGUGGUCCAGCGGCUGGCCAAGGACGGGUAUCGCUUCCUUCAGAACCAGAACUACCGGCUCCCGGAUCGCUCCGCACAGGCGCAGGGGGAAAGCGUCGUGCGCGUCUGUCUGAAGGAGAGGGGUCAGGACGUGCUGGUUCUCCAGCGAGUCCCAUCAGAUCCUGCGUCUCCGCAAACAGCCGGAGUCAAAGAUGAUGAUGGUGAUAAGAGGUACGUCGUGGUUUCCGGGACGCCCCACAAGAUCCUGGAGCACCUGCUGAGUGACCUGCGUCUGGACGAGCACCAGGGGGCGACGGAGGGCAAAGAGGCGGAAAUGCUUCUGGACGAUUUCCUGUUGACGUAUCUGGUCUUCAUGUCCACCAGUGAGCUCUGCCAAGCCCUGCUGGGACACUACUGUACGAAGCGCUGCCGAGGGAAGGAGGAAGGGAAGGAGGCCCUCUACAGGAAGAGGAAGGUCCUGCACCUGGUCUCCCAGUGGAGCACGCUCUACAAGGACUUCCUGCGGGAGGAGGAGAACGUCAAACUCUUCAUGAAGACGCUGUAUCGAUACGUGCUGGAGGACGUUUAUGAGUUCCCCACGCUGGAGAAGGACCUGAAGGAGUUCCAGAAACUUCUGCGGAGGAGACAUACGGUGGACGACUAUUCUCCACACCAAAAGAAUAAAGCGCUCUACCAGCAGCUGAGUCUGAAGGAGAACUGCGUUCCUCUUCGAGGGUCUCCAGUCGAGACUAAAGACGUGAUGUGUCGCGUGUACGUGAGCUGUGAUUCGUAUCUCAGUAUGCGGGUGAAGCCUGCGGUCGUGGCUCAGGAGCUGCUGCACAUCGUGGCUCAGCGGAUGGACAGGUCUGAAGACGACAUGAUGCUGAUGGUCCAGACGUACAGCGGAGAGAAGCGCGUCCUUCAGCCGCACGACAGUAUUUAUUCAGAGUCUCUGGUGGCACCCGGCAGACUGAUCGCCUGUCGAAGAGACCUCAGCGAGAUCCUGCCGCCCCUGACUGAAUGUCCUGAGUUGGGACAGAAGCCUGUCAGACUGCUGGGUAUCAACACGUGGGACGUGGCCGUGGCUCUUACCAACUUCGACUGGAAUCUCUUCAACUCCAUCCAUGAGCAAGAGCUGAUCUUCUACACGUUCAGCCGUCAGGCCAGCAGCGGACACACGGUGGCGCUGGAGUUCCUGCUGCAGCGCUGUAAUGAGGUGCAGCAGUGGGUGAUGUCAGAGGUGCUGCUGUGUCCGUCGCUCGGAAAACGAGUCCAGCUGCUCAAGAAGUUCAUCAAGAUCGCUGCUCACUGUAAAGCGCAGAGGAACCUCAACUCCUCGUUUGCCAUCAUCAUGGGCUUAAACACUGCAGCCGUCAGCCGCCUCAACCAGACAUGGGAGAAAGUUCCUGGAAAAUUCAAGAAGCUUUUCUCUGAACUUGAGCUGUUGACGGAUCCAUCUAUGAAUCACAAAGCCUACAGAGAUGCUUUCAAGAAAAUGAAGCCGCCUAAAAUACCCUUCAUGCCUCUGCUGCUUAAAGAUAUCACCUUCAUCCAUGAGGGGAACAAAACAUUUCAUGAUAAUCUGGUGAAUUUUGAGAAGCUGCACAUGAUCGCCGACACCGUCCGACUCAUUCGCCACUGUCAGACUGAUCAAACAGGAAAUGAGCUUUCCCCGUGUGACAGUGCUGAAGUGCAAUCGAGUGUCCAUUACCUUCACAUCAUUGACAAUCAGCAGACACUGUUUGAACUGUCUCACAGACUGGAGCCCAGAGUCUAAGAAAGCGAGAGCGCCGCCUGUUGGACGUUCACUGGAAACGCAGUUGCGCUCCUCACGGAUAGGUUGAGUUGCUCUCACACAUGACUGCAUCUUCACCGGACACACAGACCGAUUCCAGCUCCCAGCACUGACUGAACGGACACCGUUAGUGGAUAUUAGUGGGAUUUACUCCACCAGGGGGCGUCACAGAGCUCUUUCACAGCCAAAUUAAUGAGAGAACACAGUAAAUCAGUCUGCUUGAGCACACAGGUUGUGUUCUCUUGAUGUGAAUAAAGUGUUUAUUUCUUAAUGUCAAAAAUAGAUAAGUCGAUAAAAGCUUUUUACCUGUCCACAGGAAAAGUGUAAACUUUACAGCAUUGUUUUGUUGUAAUGCUACCAGCAUUCUGGACCAUAUUUAUAUAUGAAUUUAUUACUUAGACAGUUAGGGCUGGGCGAUAUUAUAGUGAUAAUAGUAUAUUAAAAUUAAUAUUUUAAUUUACAAAAAUAUAUAAAAUAUAUAUUUUAAUUUUUUCAGCCUUUUGAACAUGUUCGGUAUAUAUUAAUAUUUAUAUAUUUGCUCCGAAGGCUGAUUUCUUUUAGUAAUUUUAACCAAAUAGAAUUGUUGCCAGUUAGAUUGAAAAUGUUUAAUGCAAGUAGUAAAAUACAGUAAAUAUAACAGUACAUAAAUAGCAAUAUUAACAUGUAAAAGACUGAGACUUGAUGCAAACAAAUCAUUGAAUCAGAGAUUUGAAUCAGUUCAUUUAAGUUUGAACUGAUUCCUGGAAAAGAAUCAAACUUUUUACUGCUACUGAAGUCGAAAUCAGAAACUCAAUGGCCAAAUAAAAUCAUCACAAUGUUCAUUUUAUAAAUAUGUGAUAUUUUCUAAACACACAAAAAAUAUAUCGCCCGGCCCUAUUAUAAACUCAGACUGAACGAACAAACACAACUGGUGUCAAAGGUCAUGAUGAUGUCAUAUAGAGCCAAGUACUCAGUUUACACAGAAUCUUGUUAUGAUGUUGAGGGGGUUUUUAUUUCCUAUUAUUUAAUGUUUCCAGUUUGAUCUCAAUCCGGAUGUGACAGCAGCCAGUCAUUCCCAUGACACGCCAGUGACUGAAGCUUUUCUUAAGUGUAAUCGUUACAGUGACCUGACAGUAUUAUUUUAUAGUCAUUAUUUCUUCGACCGUUUGAUGGUCGAGGCUCUUGAAGAUGUUAGUUUUGUGGAGUUUUUGCCCUUCACUCGCUCUCUGCCGUUGCAUUUGGAUACAGUUGUUUAUAUUCGCAGUUCUGAAGCUCUUGUGUGAAACUCAUUUCCGUUUUAAAGAGAUUUUAAAGUGACAUGCAUGCAUAUUGUAUUUGCACUUACAUCUUUGUUUGUACAUUAUCGUGUAAGAAUGUAUAUACGUUUAUAAAUGUAAAGAAAUAAGUUGAGAGUCAUUUGCAAACACACGUUUCUGUGCCAAGCACUAUUAUGGGAGAGCAAUGCAAUAUGAGAACAUUUUAAUAUUGUGAAAUGUUUUAUAAAAGCCUUAGCUGCAGCAGUGAACCCCGCUCUGAUGUGAUGUGAUCCAGCACAGAACAAAACUACUUCUUAAAUGGGAUUUGAUGUCAAAAUCUGAGUUGAUUACAUCACUUGAUUUUCUUUACCACAAUUGGUUAAAAUUUUAAAGGGAAUUAUAGAUUUCUAAAUGAACAGCUCAGGAAAGAGUCAGAGUUUUUAGGCCACAGACGGCUGAUUUUCUACAGUAUUUGUACAGUGUAAUUCGGCUCGCUGUGCCCUCUGAACUCCAUCUGUUUCCACACUGCCACAUUUGUUCACAGACACAGAAGUGCAAACAUCUCACCUGAAUGUCCUGUGAUUGACAACACAGAGCUUUUAAUAUAUGUAUAUCUAUAUCUAUAGCACUUGUGUUAUUUUGUGUUUGAAGGGAUGUUUCCAGGCACAGAACACUAUGUGUCAUUCACAGAUAGAGAUGGUGAUAAAAAAUAAUUGCCUGUCUGAUGGUUUGGUGAAUCUUACAAAAAAUGUCAGGGUCACACAUUUCACCCCAAGUAAUAAAUAAGAAAUGAAAAACAUCCUUUAUUUUAUUUCACAACAAAUACUACCAUGAUGUAUGCUUCACUAUUUAAAUACAUUUUAAUUAUAAUUAUUAUUAUUAUUUGCAGUAAACAAAUUUAAAGGGGUCUGUUUAAUUUUUAUUUAUUUUGUUUUGUUUAAAUGUUCUUAAUUGUCAUGAAAAUAAUGUCACAAUGUGAGAAAUCUUUUUAAAAUUAGGUCAUUAAAACCUAUUUAAUUUUAUUUAUGUGAUCACAAAAUAGCAUGAAUCAUAUUUAUGUGAAUAUAUAAUCUAGUUUCAUAUGUUUUUUCUUUUUUGUUCAACUUUGGGGUGAAAUAUUCAGAGCCCCGCACAUGACAUGCAUGGAAAAAAAGUAAAUCAUGCUCACGAUUUACAAUUUCGUUCCCUCGAUUCGCUAAAACAUGCCCAUGAUUUACAAUUUCGUUCCCUCGAUUCACUAAAACGUGCACGAUUUACUAUUUUAUUCCCUCGAUUCGCUAAAACGUGCGCAUGAUAUACUAUUUCGCUCCCUCGAUUCGCUAAAACGUGCGCACGAUUUACUAUUUUGCUCCCUCGAUUCGCUAAAACGUGCACACGAUUUACUAUUUCGCUCCCUCGAUUCGCUAAAACAUGCGCACGAUUUACUAUUUCGCUCCCUCGAUUCGCUAAAAAAUGCGCACUAUUUACUAUUUUGCUCCCUCGAUUUCCUAAUCGUGCACAUGAUUUACUAUUUUAUUCCCUCAAUUCGCUAAAACGUGUGCACAAUUUACUAUUUCGCUCCCUCGAUUCGCUAAAACGUGCGCACUAUUUACUAUUUUGCUCCCUCGAUUUGCUAAAUCGUGCACACGAUUUACUAUUUUAUUCCCUCAAUUCGCUAAAACGUGUGCACAAUUUACUAUUUUGCUCCCUCGAUUCGCUAAAACGUGCGCACUAUUUACUAUUUUGCUCCCUCGAUUCGCUAAAACGUGCGCACUAUUUACUAUUUUGCUCCCUCGAUUUCCUAAUCGUGCGCACGAUUUACUAUUUCGCUCCCUCGAUUCGCUAAAACGUGCGCACUAUUUACUAUUUUGCUCCCUCGAUUCGCUAAAACGUGCGCACUAUUUACUAUUUUGCUCCCUCGAUUUCCUAAUCGUGCGCACGAUUUACUAUUUCGCUCCCUCGAUUCGCUAAAACGUGCACACGAUUUACUAUUUUAUUCCCUCAAUUCGCUAAAACGUGCACAAUUUACUAUUUCGCUCCCUCGAUUCGCUAAAACAGGCGCACGAUUUACUAUUUCGCUCCCUCGAUUCGCUAAAACGUGCGCACAAUUUACUAUUUUGCUCCCUCGAUUCGCUAAAACGUGCACACGAUUUACUAUUUCGUUCCCUCGAUUCCCUAAAACGUGCGCACGAUUUACUAUUUUGCUCCCUCGAUUCGCUAAAACAUGCGCACGAUUUACUAUUUCGCUCCCUCGAUUCGCUAAAACGUGCACACUAUUUACUAUUUUGCUCCCUCGAUUUGCUAAAUCGUGCACAUGAUUUACUAUUUUAUUCCCUCAAUUCGCUAAAACGUGCACAAUUUACUAUUUCGCUCCCUCGAUUCGCUAAAACAUGCGCACGAUUUACUAUUUCGCUCCCUCGAUUCGCUAAAACGUGCGCACUAUUUACUAUUUUGCUCCCUCGAUUUGCUAAAUCGUGCACACGAUUUACUAUUUUAUUCCCUCAAUUCGCUAAAACGUGUGCACAAUUUACUAUUUCGCUCCCUUGAUUCGCUAAAACAUGCGCACGAUUUACUAUUUCGUUCCCUUGAUGUGCUAAAACGUGCGCACGAUUUAUACAUCGACGGAACGAAUUAGUAAAUCAUGCACACGAUUUACUUUUUCCCUGCAUGUCAUGUGCGGGGCUCCGUAGAAAUAUGACCUGUGGUGGGUUGCAUAAACUGUUUAGACUAGUCUAAGUUAGUCAUCUAAUUUUUUCCUCAAGACUGGUCAUAACUUUAAGUCAGUUACAUUAAAAAGUAGAUUUUACAAAUUUGAAUUGGCAAAGCAAGUAAUACUGAUUAGCCUUAACUAAUUACUAUUUGGUCAGACUAGAUAUUAAAACAGUCUUAACUUGGCCUUUGGAUCUUUUUUGACAGUUUUUGUAAGAUUCUCUCGGUUAAAUUAAUUAUUUUGAGGUUUGCUGUUCUAAAGCCGAAACCUCAGGCUCCGGGUCCUGUGGAUUGUGGCUGAUCCUGUAAUGAUGAGAGUCUACAAAUUAAUUUCAAUAGGGAGGAAACGGGACUGACCUGUCGUUGUCAAAAGCAGUACAGAAAGCCACUGAUAAUGAAUAUUAUGGGGUGUUGUUGUAAUCUGCAAAUGUAAAUAUAGAUAUGCUCUGAAUAUAAGACUUAAUGUUAAAAAAGACAGAUUCAAAGCAAUAUAUUUACAGUCUGUUGCUAUAGAAACCACACGUCUUUUCUAUAACCUGCAUUUUUACAAUAAUGUUCAAAGGCAAAUGUCAAUAAAAGAUUUAUGUAACAUUA